AUGCUGAGUAGGACGAGUCUGCUCGCCGUGACUCUGGUCUUUGCCCACUUCAACCCUAAGCAGUCGCCCGAGUUCUUCGACCCUCCUGCUCCGGGACUGGCCAAGCAGUACGACUACAUUAUCGUGGGCGGUGGAUCGGCCGGUUCUGUGCUGGCCAACCGGCUUUCCGAAGACUCUUCGAACCGCGUGCUGCUCCUGGAAGCCGGAGGCCUGGAAGACAGUAUCACGGACGUGCCACUAUUCGCGACCCUCGGCCAGCACACGGAGAGGGACUGGAGCUUUCAGACGGAGCCCCAGAAAAACUGCUGCUUUGCGCUCCGAGAUCAGAGGAAUGUCUGGUCCAACGGCAAAGUGUUGGGCGGCAGCAGCGUCCUCAACUUCAUGAUCUACAACCGUGGCAAUCGUCGCGACUACGACAGCUGGGCCGCCGGAGGUGCCCUGGGCUGGUCGUACGACGAGGUGCUGCCCUACUUCAUGAGGUCGGAAGACAACACGGACUCGACCCUGACAUCUAACGGCUACCACGGCGUCGGAGGAGAGCUCACCGUAAGCAGGGCCAAGUACACGACCUACGUCCUUGACGCUUUCCUCAAGGCCGGCAAGGAGCUGGGCUACGACGCGGUCGACUACAACGGACCGCAGCAGACCGGUUUCAGCGCCAACCAGUUUACCAUGCGCGGCAACGAGCGGUGGUCGACGGCCAAAGCCUUUGUCCUUCCUGUGGCCGGGCGCAAGGGAAGGCGCAACCUCCACGUGUCCUUAUUCUCCCAAGCGACGAAGGUCGUGUUCCAAGGCAAGCAAGCAGUGGGCGUGACAUACAGGAAAGCCGGGCGACAGUACACCGUCCUGGCCUCCAAGGAGGUGGUGGUAUCCGCGGGUGUGGUCAACUCGCCCAAACUGCUCAUGCUCUCGGGAGUUGGCCCCAGAGAGCACUUGGAAGAACUCGGCAUCGACGUUGUGGCGGACCUUCCCGUGGGAAGCGAGCUUCAAGACCACACCGUGGUGGGAGGCGUUGCGGUGCACCUGAACCAGAGCUACUACGAGGAUGUCGCGGGCGUCAAGGGAGCCCUCGACUACUACCGCAAGGGAACAGGCAUAUGGACCAUCCCGGGAUCGACGGAAGCAGUCGCCUUUGUCAGGACGAAAUACGCCAACGAAAGCAUCGAUUACCCGGACGUCGAGAUCAUGCUGCUUUCGAUGCCUCCCGCCAGUGAAUUUACCGAAGCCUUCCUCAUCGGAAUGGGACUCAAGCGAGAGGUCUACGAAAAGUACUUCCUGCCCUACCGCAACCAGUCGUCGUUCAGUUUGGCGCCCAUGGUUAUGCGACCCAAGUCACGUGGCUUUGUCAAGCUCCGCUCGUCCAAUCCGGACGACGCCCCGCUCAUCGACCCCCGCUACUACAGUCAUCCGGAUGACCUCAAGGUUAUCGUUGAAGGCCUGAAGGUGUGCCACCAGAUUUCCCGGACGGAAGCGUUCCGACCCUUCGGAGGCGAGUUCUGGAGGGAACCUUUCCCGGGCUGCGAAGGGCUCGAGCAGUUCAGCGACGCCUAUUGGGAGUGCCUGGCGCUGUCCUUCGCAGUGUCCGCCUACCACCCGGCGGGAACGUGCCGCAUGGGCACGGACUCGGCGGCCGUCGUCGACCACCGCCUCCGGGUGCGUGGAGGUAUCCAGGGUCUCCGGGUGGUGGACGCCUCGGUCAUCCCCGACAUGCUAUCGGGGCAUCUGAACGCCCCGAUCAUCAUGAUCGCGGAGAAGGCGUCCGACAUGAUCCUGUGGGACAACCGGAAGGACGUGGACCAGUCCAGCAACAUCCUGGCAUCCAAGCUGCACCAGGACGAGAACACAGCAGCGGCGGCCUCGGGUACCGCCGUCGUUCCGCUGGGCAUCUUGCAGCUGCUCGCUUUGUGGGCCUUUUACUUCGUUUUACCAUAAUUCAAAGCGUCGCCAACGUUACGAGCUGCACGAAGCAAACGA